AUGGUAGAAAAUGGUGCUGUAAUGAGCUAUGGAACAACAGACUUCCGGAAGAAUUACAGACUUACAGACAUGGAUGACUCACAGCAAAAUCCGUCGAAGGAACGGAACAGUGUACAGUGUCCGAAUCAAAGUUCCGGUUCGAACAGGAAAGAUUCAGUGUACAGAAAAUCACCUUUGAACGUGACACUGACGGAGUUUUUCGACUCCACAACUCUUCAUGGUCUUCGAUUCAUCGCCAUGAGCGAAUCAUUCCUCCUCAGACGUGUGAUGACUUUCCAGAUCGUAGACAGAAUUAUGUAUUACUAUGAAAACCCGGUCAAUGUCAACGUCAAGGUCAACUACAACCAGUCGCUGUAUUUCCCUGCGGUCACUCUGUGUAACCAAAACACAUUCAGAGCUACGGCCGCGACAGAUCAGGAGUUAUAUCGACUGAUCGAGGCUGUGUACCAGAAAUCCCUCAAUAGUUUCAAUGUAUCAGAGCUAGAUGUGUACAACGCCUCCAACCUCGCCAUCAAUGACUUAUUUUGGCUUACAGGACACAAGAAGAACAACUUUAUUGCCAAGCAAGUAUCACGGGUAUGUACUUGGGGUGAUUUACCUUGUGGUCCCGAAAAUUUCACAACUGUACUUACAGACCAUGGGCCCUGCUAUACUUUCAACUCUAACACAGACCCUUCCUCAGUUCUGGUAACCUCAUCUUCAGGGUCCGAUGCAGGCCUCCGCUUGCUGUUGAAUGUUGAACAGUACGAAUACAUGCCUGGUCCCAGUAGCGCAGCAGGCGUCAAGGUCCUCGCGCACGGACAGCAAGAUUUGGCCCGGGUCAGAGAACUUGGUAUAUCCGUCCCCACUGGCACACAUACUUUUAUUGGACUUCAAGUGAUAGCACUUGAGAACCUACCUCCUCCACAUGGACAGUGUAGUGAGAAGGGCCUGACUUACUUUGACUAUUAUACAUUCGACUCCUGUCACCUGGAAUGUUUAAUGACAUAUACUGCCGGAAAGUGUGGUUGUCGUGACUUCUACAUGCCAAGCGUUGAUAUGCUGUUGGUACAAACCGGAAGUCAGCAGUGCACAUGUCCAACGUCUUGUAAAUCACUUAUGUUUGAUCCCACUUUGUCAUAUGCUACCACUUCCCGUCAUGCAUUGGACAAGAUUCUGAACAAGGUCAUCACUUCAGAGAUGGCCAAUGAUCUAACGCGAGCAAGGGAGAUAACCAACCGCAUGGAGAAGGAAAAGCUGGAGAAAUUCCAAGCCGUCAUGCUCGCCGUAAACGAUUCUUUAACAUCAGUGAAAACACUAACACAUAAAGACAUGAGAAAGAGAAUCGCAAAACAGAUAGAAAAUGUGGAAAAGGUAUCGGAAAAAAUGAUGAGUAUCUGGAAAAGGAAAGAUUUCCUUGAUAGAUAUCAGGAAUACAACAUCAGACGAAACUUUAUGCGAGCAAGAGACGCAAUGGAAGAAAGGACAUUAAAUCUUCCAUGUUUUGGUUUCCAUGAGUUUAUUUUUGCUACGGAGACGUAUCUAAAGGAUUUAGUUUCAGAUGUAUUUGAGAGUAAUUUGGACAGAAGAACAAUUCUUUAUACCAUAAUAGGUGCUAAAAUAAAUAAUCGUAUUGAAACUGUCAAGCGCGCUCUCUCCAAUUAUACCGAACUGUACGAGGCGUACCAAACAGGGACACCCUUGUUUGGGUAUACAUUUUUAAGGGUGCCUAGAACACACAAUGCCAUGAUAGUACCCAAAAUACUCCUUAAAGCUUCUCUUACCCAUAAUACUUACGCUAGGUUAUAUAGCCGGCUCCUGAGGAAUAAUAUCGAGAAUCUCAUUGGUAGUUUGCGUAAAUACCUCGAGUUACUGAACGAAGUGAUGCAAACAAACAGUCUUAACAUCACAAGGAUGCUCUCUAUCAGCAGAGAACACGGCAUAUCUUGCCUGAGAUUCUAUCACAGCAAGAAUGUAUUUUACUACGAAAGUUUAGAGAGGCCUUUAAGAGUGAUUAUAAGGCGACGAGACAACUUUAAGAAAACAAAAACACACUUUAUGGCGACGAUCCAGAGCAUAACGGACAAUUUGUUGCAAUUGAAGGAUUCUCUUGAAAAUUUGUCAAAGUCGACUCUAAAUGUUCUUUCGGAUCUAGUUGAUCGGGCUGUCAAUUACUUCGAGGACGCAUCCAUAAGAAAGCUCGAUGUUGCGAGAAUGGCGCAAGUGGAAAAGGUACAUACUGCUUCUGUAAAUUUAAAGAUGUUUUUCCAAGAGGUCAGAAAUCGUGGCCAUACAAUAUACGAUGGCUGGACUGCCUUGAUCCCAAUAGGAAAGUCCAUCUGGAAGACGAUUUUAGAUGAUGAGGAAAUGAUGGAGUAUUAUACAUACAGAAAUAUGACCAGUUUCUUGGAAAAUAGUACAGAGGUUUCCUAUGAACUUGAAAAUAACUAUACUUUACAUCGAGACACAAAUGAUAUACGGUUUAUAGUGGGUCUUACGGACACCCUUUUCCAUAGAUCGAUGGAUCAGAUGCAGGAACAUCUGUCUAACUACGUGAUGUCAACCAAAGUGGACCAUAAUGUUAUCAUGGACAAUUACGUAGAGUUGGAUAUAUUUUAUAGAGAAAUGAAUUACGAAGAGAUCCGACAACAAAGGGCUUACGAUAUUUUCUCAUUAUUAUGCGAUAUUGGCGGAUCAAUGGGACUGUUUGUGGGAGCUAGCGUGAUGACCAUGUUUGAAAUCCUGGACCUCUUUAUCAAUCAUUCAGCAGAACGCUUACUGAGGCCAAAACGUUAACCACUCAGAGAAAUGAAAAUAUUUAGAUACGAGAUAAGAUUGCGUCUAUUUCAAUAUCAUGUCUAAAUAUUAAGGAAUGUUCUGAGAACAAACUAAACAUCUGAUUUCAAUUUUAGAAAGGUUGCAGCCUACCUAA